AUGCGUUCCGACAGUGCAUCAAACAACAUCGUUGUGGAUACACGGCGAGACUUCUUCGAAACUGGACAGGGCGGUCUCUUGGACAACGCAUAUCGCGGAGAAAUAAGAGGGCUUCCAAAACACCAAGAGGAUCGACCUGGAGCAAGCGGUGACACAAAAGACGGCCGAACGCGGCACAAUGGCGUAAGCGACAUCGCCACCAUCCUUCCGCCACUUCAGAGGUACAACCGCCUGUUUUCCUCGUCGCCUACCUCAAAGCUCUGCAACACCUCCAGUCACAAAGUGGAGCUGUUCUGUAAGACGUGGACCUGCAAAAACUAG